AAUUGCUGUACAUUUCAUUGUGAUGUCACAGUCACGUGACAGACUUGUCAUUAGGAUGAGGGUGACGAGCUAAGCAAUAUGUGUCCGUGCAGUAACUGAUGGAUUAGAAUAACGGCGGUCGGUUGUAUUAAUGUUAUAACCGCAUGUCCAGCGUUUAGCUCGCGUGGGAUAUCUCUACACGUGUUGAUUUUAUUGAGUGAUGAGUUUACCAUUUUGUAUUUGUUCUCAGCAUUUGAUGAGCUGUUAGUUGCACGAUGCCUAUUAUAUGACAGGCUGUAGCUCGCAAAGUAUUAAUUCAUCCUGGAUAUCACAUCAGAUCAAUGACGAGGACGCUUUAUCAACGGUAUUCGUACACGUGUUUGUGACAACUUGUUGACAGUUCCAUUCUUGGAUUACAUCUUCGUUCCACUAUGCCAGGAAGAAAGGGAAUUCUCCAGUCUCAAAACACUUUUUUGGACACUAUCGCAACACGAUUCGACGGAAUCCACAGUAACUUCGUGCUGGGCAAUGCUCAGGUGGCAGGGAAGCCCAUUGUCUACUGUUCUGAUGGCUUUUGUGAACUCACUGGGUUUGGUCGGGCUCAGGUCAUGGCGAAGCGCUGUGUCUGCAAGUUCCUGUUCGGUAAAGACACGGACAAUGACGAAAAACAGAAGAUUGAAAGUGCCUUGGAAGACAAAAAAGAAACCAAAACUGAAAUUCUUCUUUACAAGAAAAAUGGCAGCCCCUUCUGGUGCCUCCUGGACAUCGUGCCCAUCAAGAAUGAGAAGCGACAAGUUGUCCUGUUCCUGGUGUCCCACAAAGACGUAACACGAGACAAAGCCAUCGCCAUGGAUAUACCGGGUACAGACAUCAAUGACAAUGCUGGGGAGAAGGCGGAGAGGGUGGAGGAAAAUCAGUUUCUGGACGAAAUGCCGGAAAACUACCAUUACCAACGGCGCCAUAGCCGAGCGGUGCUGUAUCACCUCUCCGGACAGUUCGAGAAACAGAACAAGGCCAAGACUAAACUACAGCAGCUUAAUAGGGUGGGCACCACGAAAAUGCUACAUUCCAUAUCAGGCAAAAUGCCCGAAUACAAAGUACAGGAAGCCAAAAAGUCCCGCUAUAUCAUAGUGCAUUAUGGGAUAUUCAAAAUCGGCUGGGAUUGGUUGAUUCUGCUGUGCACAUUCUACAUCGCCAUCAUGGUGCCAUUCAACGCCACCUUUCAGGGAAAGAGGCGAGCAAGACAUUCCAUGUACUCGGAUGUUGUGGUAGAAAUUCUCUUCAUCAUAGACAUAGUAUUAAACUUCCGCACAUCGUACGUGAACAAGAGUGGACAGGUUGUGUAUGAGUCUCGUAUGAUCGCCAUGAACUACAUCAAGGGCUGGUUUCUCCUCGACCUGCUGGCAGCCAUUCCCUUCGACCUCCUGUACGCCGUACAGAUCAACACAAAUACUGGAUAUCAUAUCGGCACCCUCAUCCAUCUGCUGAAAGUGGCAAGACUGUUGCGGUUGGCGAGGUUGUUGCAGAAGCUGGACCGGUACUCCCAGUACAGCGUCCUCGUCCUCACUCUGCUCAUGUCCAUGUUUGCGCUGGCUGCUCAUUGGAUGGCCUGCAUCUGGUUCGCCAUCGGCAAGAAUGAAAUUGAAGAUAAUCCAAUGAACAGGACAGUUGGUUGGCUGUACGAGCUUGGAAACCGAAUUGAGAACCCGAUUGUGAAUCACACCAUUGAGGAGGUUGAUACCAUGACGUCAUACGUGACGGCACUCUACUUCACCUGCAGCAGCCUGACGAGCGUAGGUUUCGGCAAUGUCUCCGCCAACACCAACAUCGAGAAAAUAUUCUCAGUGUGUGCUAUGCUUGCUGGAGCCAUGAUGCAUGCUGUCAUCUUCGGUAACGUCACUGCAAUAAUCCAGAGAAUGUAUGCCCGGCGCCAAAACUUUCACUCCAGAACAAAGGACCUUAAAGACUUUUUCCGUACCCACCACAUCCCCAAAACUCUGAAACAGCGAAUGCAGGAAUACUUCCAAACCAUGUGGUCCAUGAACAAUGGCAUUGACCUUCAUGAGAUUUUGAAAGACUUCCCCGAGGAAAUGCGUGGUGAGAUCGGACUUCACCUGAACCGUGAGAUUCUGUCCCUCCCAAUCUUUGAAAGUGCUACCCAGGGCUGUCUGAAGUCGAUCACCCUGCAGACCCGCCGCAUCUUCUGUGCCCCUGGGGAGUUUCUUCUCCACAAGGGCGACGCUGUCAACUACAUCUACUACCUCUGCAGCGGAUCCAUGGAAGUGCUCAAGGAGGAGAUGGUCGUGGCUAUCCUUGGAAAAGGCGACCUGUUCGGCACUGACAUUGCAUUUGAGGAACCAAUCAGCAUCUCGGCCUGUGACGUGCGGUCAUUAGCGUACUGUGAACUUCUAUGCAUCAACCUGAAGGGUCUGCUAGAUGCACUUGCCCUAUAUCCAGAAUUCUCUGAAAAAUUUGCUCAAGAAAUUCAACAUGACCUCACAUACAACUUAAGAGAAGGUCAUGACGACUCGUCCUCUAUAGUCACAACGGAGGAUGAAGAAGAGGAGGAGAGCCCCAUCGCCCCCGUCAUCACGCUGCCCUCCAUCUCCGAGGAUGAGGAGGAAAACACAGACGACGAUGAUGAUGACAGAAAGGCUGGGGGGUUCAUCAGCAAGCUCCAGUUUGCUGAUGAAGACACCGACCAAUCAGACACAAGAGAUCAUUCAUCGUCGUCGCCGCUGCUGAACCAGUCUGACAGUAGUUUACAUACGAUCGUCCCCAACGGAGAUCUGCAGGGAUUAUCAAGCUCUCAUCCCGCCGGACAUGGUAGACUCCCACGGUGGUUUACCACCCCGGCCCGCCCACAUCAAAGGACUGACAUGGAGAAAGAAGAUGUUCUUCCAAACAGAAAACCAAGUCUUGCCACAGCGGAGAUGCGCUUCCCAACAGGCGGAGUCAAGCGUUACCGGCAGAAUCGUGGUGGUGGUGGUGCUGCAGCUAAAAUGCGAGGAGGUCGACCUAUGCCUGUACUAAGUCAAGUGUCGAGCCAGCGAUCUCAGGAGGCAGUCCUUGUUCACAGUCUGCAGGUCGAGAUGGAAGGAACAAGGAACGCCGUCGAGACACUAGAACACCGCAUUGACACCAUGUCUCGCGAGGUCAAAACUAUCAGUCAAAAUGUGGACUAUAUACUGAAAGCUAUCAACUCACUGUCAAUGCCCUCUGAGUCACCUUCACCUUUUGGAAGGCAUCAUUUUUCUUACGGCCAUUCACCUGACACAGACGCUUCAUCGUUAACAGCGCAGGUGGGGUCUCGCCAUAAUAGUUACAGUGACAGUAUACCCCAUUGCCACCCUGGGCGGUCCUCACUCUCCCCGGCCUCCAGUGUUCAUGGGAACAGCCCAGGGGAGGUAACUCAUGGUGGCAAAGGGGGAAAUGUGGAUGCAUUAUCAAUCAGGUCAUUGAGGCAUAAGAGACCUGACGAUGCUUUAAACAUUGCAGCCAAACAAAAACUAGGGCUACCAUUUUCAGAUCCAAAUUAUCGAAAAAAUGACACUUUACAUGAACUUCGACCUUCAACUAGUGCUUCUAAAGACAGUUUUCAGUGUCCGUCGGAAACAGGGGGUUCAACACCGAGUCCUGGUUUGCAGGAGAGGAGAGACUUUGCUGAAUUUGAUGGCAAAAAGGGCGUGGCAUCAGCAGCUCCUCCCAGCCAAUCAGAGGCAGUGUUUAACUUUGUCAACGAACUCACGGAGCCUAAAACAAAAAUAUUUGUCAGUCCUGAAGAUGAUUCACUUGAGACAACUGAACUGUGAUACCUUGUGAGAUGAGGUUCUGUGUCUAGAUCAGUCCUGUUUGCAUUCACAUUUCCAGCCUCAUUGUUAGAAUUUCAUCUUUGAUUCUGACUGUCACCGAAGAGAGAGACGUUCUACAAGACACAGUUACGAUGUUGCAUAAUGCCGGGAGAUUAUGAAGAUAUUAAAUAUGAACGACACUGUUA